GCCAUAAUAAAAGCGCCCCCCGGAAACUGAUAGAUAGAAUGGAUAUCUGAUAUUAGAGGCCAUUCAAGAAACACAAAAAUUCGUAUAAAUGGCGGUUAUUACUAGAAGAAACCCAACAAAAGUUACAGCCUCUACAGCUACUUUUCUUGCAAUGCGGCCUAACGGAAAUGGUUUCUUGAAUUGAAGCCCACAUAACUUCUAUUCUAACACCCACUUCCCCAAAUCGCUCUUCCUUCUUCUUCUUCUUCUUCUUCAACCUACUCUUCUUGGUUUUUGUGGGUUUUAUUGGGAAUGGCUAUGGCUAUGGCUUCUGGGAGUUCUGCUACUCUUGGAGUCUACACGAAUUUCAAAGCACUUGAGAAGCGGCCAUCGUCGCGAGCUGGUCUCCUCAGAGCCUUCUUCGCUCUCGAUCCGGGUCGCCGGGUUUGCAUUUCUCCCCGCGGAAGAUCGUUAUCUACAGUAACUAUCAUAGUUCCUAGAGCAUCAUCUCCUACGGCUGUGGAGGACGGAAGUUUUCGGGAGACUGACACGAUUCCCACCCCAAAAGUAAUAAUAGAUCAGGAUUCUGAUCCUGAUGCAACUGUGGUGGAGAUAACUUUUGGUGACCGCCUUGGAGCCCUUCUUGACACUAUGAAUGCACUGAAGAACCUUGGAUUGAAUGUUGUCAAGGCAAAUGUUUAUCUUGAUUCUUCUGGAAAGCACAACAAAUUUGCAAUAACCAAAGCUGACACCGGUAGAAAAGUUGAGGAUCCGGAGUUGCUUGAGGCCAUUCGUAUGACAAUUAUAAACAAUCUCCUUGAGUAUCAUCCGGAGUCAAGUUCCAUGUUAGCAAUGGGAGUAGCCUUCGGAUUUGAGCCACCUAAACAGCAGGUUGACGUGGAUAUUGCAACCCAUAUUCAUGUUUAUGAUGAUGGCCCUGAUAGAAGCUUGCUCUUAGUGGAAGCAGCAGAUCGCCCUGGCUUACUGGUGGAUCUCGUAAAGAUUAUCACUGAUAUAAACAUCACCGUUGAAUCAGGAGAAUUCGACACAGAGGGGUUGUUGGCUAAGGCAAAGUUCCAUGUUAGGUACAGGGAUAAAGCCCUCAUCAAGCCUCUCCAACAGGUUCUUGCUAACAGUUUGCGCUAUUUCUUGAGGCGACCAACAACCGAAGAGGCCAGUUUUUGAGCUGUUCUAUAAAGAUGAUCACAUUGGAUGCUAGAUAGGUAUAAUGUGAUUUUGGCAAUGUCGCCGAUGAAUCCGUAUUGGGGAUAAUGUUUUUGUAGCUUGCUCACAAAGUAUGUGUGGGCAGAAGAAGCUUCAAUGCCAUGGCAGCACUUUGGUUACAUUUCUUGUAGCUUGCCAUCAUUUUACGAUACUUACGUAUACCAAUCAUACACGUUUCCUGAAACGAAACACAAAAAGCUGUUCUGUUAA